AUGGCAGCAAGGUCACAUCGGAUAACUAUCAACAUGAUCUUCGAAUUAAGCGAGGUCAUUGAGGUAACUUUCUCAGCAACAACAGAAACAAUGAUAUCAGUGACUCACGGAAGUUCAGCCAACAUCACACAAUGGAGAGUUCUAGAGCAAAUGAAGUUAAUCGGGAACAUCCUUCCGGCGACAAAGCUUCUAGCUGGCUUCAAUCUGAGAAGUGUGACAACCCGAGGAGAGAUUUUUCUGCCCACGCACGUGGAAGGAGUAACGAAGACUAUUUUGUUCAAAGUGGUAGAUAGCGAUAUGGGCUAUAAUGUGAUCCUCGGAAGGCCGUGGAUACACGAGAUGAAGGUUGUGCCCUCGACCUAUCACCAAUUGUUGAAAUUUCCAACACCAGAAGGGAUCAAACGGAUAAGAGGAGACCAACCGCCAUCAAGGGAAAUGAAUGUUGUACCGAGGUCUUUUCAGGUACCGGAAGAAAAGGAUGCGACCAAAUCAACUGCAGAAGGGCUCGAACAAGUGGCUUUGUUUGAGGAUUUUUUGGAAACAAAAUUUCAUUUGGGGACGAGAUUAAGUUCCGAGCUCGGGUUAGAACUUAUAAAUUUCCUUAAAGCUAACGUUGACUGCUUUGCGUGUUCGCACUCGGAUAUGACAAGUAUACCACUGGAGGUAGCGGUCCAUACACUAAGCCUGGAUCUAAACUUCCCACCGGAAGGGCAAAAGAAACGCCCAAUAGCAGAGGUCAGAAACAGGUUUGGUAAAGAAGAGGUAACUCGACUACUCAAUAUCGGUUCAAUCGGAGAGGUAAAGUAUCUGGAUUAG